UCAUCGCAUGAUCAUGCUUAAGAUCAAAAGUACAAACGUUUGCAUUUUUUUGUAUUAAUUUAUAGUAACAGUAAAUUGAAAUAAAAUGGCAUUAAAAGGUAUUCGUGUAGUGGAAUUUGCUGGAUUAGCUCCAGCACCGUUUUGUGGCAUGGUUUUGGCAGAUUUCGGUGCGUCCGUCAUCAGGAUUGAUAAGUUAACGGGUAACGCCGAUUUGGAUGUUUUAAGCAACGGUAAACGAUCCCUAAGCCUAAACUUAAAAUCCCCAGAAGCCAUCAACAUCGUAAGAAACUUAAUCAAACACUCGGACGUCUCCAUUGAACCGUUCAGAGCAGGCGUCAUGGAAAAAUUAGGUUUAGGCCCUGAAAUCCUCAUGAAAGAUAAUCCACGAUUAAUAUACGCCCGACUGACCGGUUACGGCCAAUCGGGACCCUACGCGAAAUUAGCAGGCCACGACAUCAACUACUUAGCCCUUAGCGGAUUGUUAUCGUUAUUUGGAAGGAAAAACGAAAAUCCGAUAUUUCCAGUUAAUCUAGCGGCGGAUUUUGGUGGAGGUGGACUCAUAUGCGCACUAGGUAUACUAAUGGCUCUGUUUGAAAGGGAAAAAUCUGGAAGAGGCCAAAUAGUUGAAGCUAACAUGGUGCACGGAGUGUCCUAUUUAGGCAGCUUCCUAUACAGAUCGCAAACUUUGCCUGUUUGGGGCAACGAGCGCGGCGAAAACGUUCUAGAUUCAGGAGCCCCAUUUUACGAAGUUUACAAAACCAAAGACAAUAAGUACAUUUCUGUUGGUGCCCUAGAACCGCAAUUCUAUCAAGAACUGUUGCGCGGUUUGAAAAUAUCGGCAUCAGACGCGCCGCAAUUCGACUACGAGCAAAACAAAAAAUUAUUCGCCAAGAAAUUUUCGGAAAAAACCAGAUCGGAGUGGUGCCAGAUUUUCGAUGAAUUGGACGCCUGCGUCGCUCCGGUUUUGGAGUUGGACGAGGCUCCUUCGCACGCGCACAAUCGCAGCCAGAACAUAUUUCUGAAGAGCGAAGAAGUGCAUUGUCCGACGCCCGCCCCGAAUUUGCAUAGGACGCCGGCGAAAUCCACGUCGGUUUUAAAAAGGCCCAAAAUUGGCGAACACACUGUAGAUAUUUUGAGUGAGAUUGGAUAUGAAAGUGAUGAAAUUGAAAGGUUCAAGACUGACGGUGUUAUGAAUUAUGAAAAUAUAUCGAAGUUAUAACUAUUGAAGUAGUGUAAUGGUAAAAAAUAUAUUUUCAAUUGGUUUAUGGAACUUGGAA